AUGCCACACACACCCGAGAGCCCCGAGUCUUCCGAAACAGCAGCCACAGACAGGCGACUCGAAAAGGAUAUCGAGAAACAAAGUGAUAUCGAUGGGGACAUCGCCGACGGGAGCGUCCGCUCGCCAGGUGGAACUCCACAAGAGAAGAAGAAGAAAACAGGCCCGAGCGGAGCCAAUGGUGUCAACACCGAGCCACCUUCAGACCACCCCGAGCUAAAGGAGUGGGAAUGCUACGAUAAACUGGGAUACUCCUUCCCUUGGUGGAAGAAAUGGUAUAUAAUAUCCGUCGUCUUCGCCGUGCAGACAUCCAUGAACUGGAAUGCAAGUUUCUACGCCAGCAGUAUCAGUCUGUAUUCCAAACACUUCAAUAUCUCCGAGCAAGCAGCUCGAGUUGGGCAGAUGGACUUCCUCAUCGCUUAUGCCUUUGGAUGCGAGUUUUGGGCACCUUUCAGCGAGGAGUUUGGAAGGUGGCCCAUCAUGCAGAUGAGUCUGCUCCUCGUCAAUAUCUGGCAGAUACCGUGUGCGCUGGCUCCGAACUUCGGCACGAUCGUCGUCUGUCGUUUGCUGGGUGGCCUCUCAUCGGCUGGUGGGUCAGUAACUCUUGGUAUGGUGGCUGAUAUGUGGGAGGCAGAGGACCAGCAAUAUGCUGUUGCCUUUAUUGUUCUAUCAUCCGUCGCUGGGUCUGUGAUUGCGCCGAUCGUAGGCGGAUUUGUGGCAACUUUCCUUGACUGGCAUUGGAAUUUCUGGCUACAGUUGAUUCUUGGUGGUUUUGUACAGCUCCUGCACUGGACCAUACCCGAGACUCGAUGCAGCCUGCUGGUUACCCGCGAGGCGAGGCGACGAAGGGCAGCUGGGGAUAUGGUAUGGGGUGGAGACGAGUUGAAAGGCAACAGGCUGACAUUCCGCGGGAUCUUGAUGAUCUGGCUUCGGCCUUUUAUCAUGUUCUUCCGCGAGCCGAUUGUCCUGUGUCUUGCACUGCUGAGUGGAUUUAGUGAUUCUUUGAUCUUCACUUUCCUUCAGUCUUAUACUCCGGUAUAUAAGCAGUGGGGGUUCAAUACUAUUGAGAUUGGACUUGCCUUUAUCCCUAUCCUGGUCGGGUAUUUCAUUGCUUAUUUCUCUUUCAUACCUUGGAUUGCCAAACAUAACAGGGUACGGGAGCGUGAUCCGGAUGGAUUACAACCGGAAGCUCGACUGUAUUGGCUCCUAUUCGUGGCGCCUUUACUAUCGAUUGGGCUGUUUGGCUUCGCCUGGACAAGUCUCGGACCUCCACAUGUUCACUGGAUUGCACCGAUGAUAUUUUCCUCCUUAAUUGCAAUUGCCAAUUUCACAAUCUACAUGGCAACGAUAGAUUACAUGAUCGCCUCAUACGGACCAUACGCCGCCUCGGCCACCGGAGGUAAUGGCUUCGCGCGAGAUUUCCUCGCCGGCGUAGCUGCAAUGUACUCUGUUCCAAUGUACAGCAACAUGGGCAAGACCAAUACGCUCGAGUGGCCAUCGACAUUUUUGGGAUUCAUGGCUAUUAUCUUCACGAUCCCGAUCUACAUCUUCUACUGGAAAGGACCACAAAUCCGGGAGAGAUCCCCAUUUGCGCAGGUACUUGCAGCAGACAGGAAGAAGGCCGGACGCAAGGUAUCUCAGUGUGGAUCGGGUGACCCGGAUCCUGUGCAGCGUUACUUGUCCGAUUCACCUAUGGGCCGAGAUCAACGAACCGUUUGA